AGAUAUUAGAAAUUAAUUAAGUAAUCAAAUUUAAAAUUAAAAGUAGCUUUUUAAAAAUAAAGUACUAUGGUGGGAAGAGUUAUAAGCAUAGAUAGUAGUUUAACAGCUCUUGAGGUUUUAAAAAAAUUUUAGAAAUUUUAGUAAAAUGCUGUUAAAGAAAACAUAGAGUGCUAAUUUAUAUGCAACACUGAAGAAAUUUAUUAGUAAAUAAAAGCAAUUUUAGAUGACAUUGAAAGAAAAUAAUCAAAAAUAAGUACUCCUUAUGCAAAUGAUAGCAGUAUAACUACAGAUAAUGAGAGCGAAUCUGAAUAUGAAGAAGAAGAAGAUUAAGAACUAGUAUCAUCCGAAGGGAACGAAUAAGAUGAUGACUCUAUUAAUGAACAAGCGCUGCUGCAAUCGAAAAUUUAUGAUGAAACAGCAGAACUUUAAAAUGAUUCAAAUGAUGAAUCUUUAAUAUUCAAAAAUCCUAAAGUUAAUGAGGAAUUUUAAAGCAAUAAAAUCGAAAUAAAUGUGAAAUCUUAUUAUGAUGCUUUAGUGCUAAAUAGCUAUUUUGCUAUUAAUGUAGAUAAAAGAUUUAAAAUAUUAAAGCCUAAUAAGGAAAUAUAAAAUGUACAUAAAUUAUAUUUAGAAGUGAAAAAUAAAAACCCAAGUGAAAUAUAAAAGAUAAAAGAGCAUAUUCAAUCAAUUUAUGAAACCUUAUACUAAUUUUUGUUUUAUUUACCCAGAAAUUAAUAUCUGCAGCUAAGAAACAGUACAAAAUUGUAAACAGAGUUAUGCUAAUAAUUUAAAGUUAACUUUGCUUUUGAUAUUAACUUUAGAAUUAAAGAUUUUACUUAAAGUGAUAAUAGAUAAUUUUAUUUUAUAAUUUAUGGGUAAAAUGGUUCAUAGUUUAAGGAGGCUUUUGAAUAUAUUCUAUAAAGUAAACUUGUCAAAAUAUACACUCUCAGUCUUACAACAGAUAUUAACUCAAAAGAAUAUUAAGACCAAAAGUACAGAAAAUAUUUAGCUUUUAUGAGAAUAGACAUCCUUAAUAAGAAAAAAUAUGAUCCAAAAAUUAUAUACGAAAUAAACUAGAUUUAUAUCCAAACAAUAAGACAUAAACAAGGUUUUACUAUGAAUUAUGAUGACUAAUUUUCUUAAUAUUACAAAAAUAUAUGGGAAUAUUUUAGUAAAAAAGUAUUUUGGUGCAUAUCUUCCAGCCAAGAAAUAAAUGAUCUACCAAAAAUAAAUUAUUUUGUUAAAGAAAAAACUGAUAAAAAUUUUGUUGUUUUGUUUCUAACUAAUAUAAAUCAUCUUGCAUUUUUAAAUGAAAUUAUUGAAUAAAACAAAAAUCAUAUUAUUGAAGUUGUCAUUUAAAAAUAAGACUUUGAGUUGAAUAAUAAUAAUAAUUUUGAAAAAAUUAAUAUAAAUUUAGAAAAACAGGAUUUAUAGAAAAAGAUAAAAAAUAUUUAGCUAGGCUUUGAAAAUAUGCCAUUUUAGAAGAAAUAUAAUAAAGCGUUGAGCAAAAUAUAAAAUUAGAUGAAAGAAAGAUAAAUGAAUUUUGAUGCUUUCAAGAAUGGAAAGGGAAGAUACUUAGAGAAUACAAACAAUUAAUUAAAACCUCUCAAAAAAAAAAAUAUUAACAUUCUUUCAGAUCCAUCUCUUAAUAAUAUUCAAAAAAAAAAUUCCUAAUAACUUUAGCAAUAAAAUAUGUAAUAGCAAUAAGAAUAAGUAAUAUUUAAUCUAUUUUAAUAAUAAUAAUAAUAAUAAUGUGUAUAAAAUAAUGAUGGUGGAUAAAGAACUCCACAGCAAUAAAAAUUAACUCCACAAUUACCAUAAAGUUAUCAAAAAUAACCAGAAAAAUGCUAAUAAUACCCAUUAAAUAGUCAAAAAGAUAACUAUAAUAACCAGAUAUAUAAAAAAAAUAGCCAGAUAGAUAAUAAUAAUAAUAAUAAUAAUGAUAAUAAAAAUAAUAAUAAUGAUACUUCUGAUAUAUAAAGCCAAUUUAUAAAUAACGAAUAAAGUUUAUUAGAAAUUAAUAAUAGGGAAGUUUAAAUAAAUUAAGGUUUUAAUGCAUAAAUAAAAAAUAAUUUUAUAUAAUAAUAAGACUUUGAAGAAGCAGAGUAGAAAAAUUAAAGAAGAAAGUAUAAUAAAAUGCCUCGAAAAAAUAGUCAAGAAUAGCUCUAAAGAGAAUAAAGAGAGAUGAUUCUAUGUAAUAAUAUGAAUUAAAAUGCAAGUGAUCAAAAAUUUUAAGCUAUUUAAAAAUUUGAUCAAAGCUAUAACUAAACAAAUUAACAAAAUUAUGACACAAAUUAAAAUAAUUCAGGUUCUUAAUUUUAAGUAAAUUAAUUUUAAAAUAUAGCAACAAAUUAAAAAUUUUAAUUUGACAAUAAUUUAUUAUAAGGCUAAAGCAAUUAACCAAAAAAAGAUAAUAAUUUAAGUAAUUAUUUUUAAACAAACGAAAUAAAUAAGAUUUAGCAUCAAUCAUCAGGUGAAAAUAAUGAAAAAAUGGAAAGCAAACGCUAAGCAGAAAUUAAGCAAUUUUUUUAAAAAAAUAAGUAAGAAUUAUAAAAAUAAGAUUUAAAUAAGCUAGAUUAAGAAAUCUAAAAAUACAUAUAAAAACUAUCUCCAGAUGCAAAGGUUUAUUAGUUCAAUCAAUAACAAAAUUUACCUCAAUAUAGCUAGACUAAAUUUUACCAUUCAGUCUUUUUAAGUAACGAAUUUUAAAUAAAAGAAAUUAAAGAAAGCUGUGCUGAAUAAUCAAUCUAUAUUUUCAAAAUAAGUGAAGAUUAACUAAUAAAAAAAGGGGACACAUAUUGUUUGGCAAAUAAUUUUAAUGGAUAUCCAAUAUUGUUUAUCAAAGAUUAAUGA